ACUUAUCCUUAAACCGAGUUCCCCUCCAGCCCCGAGCCAGGAGCAGCUCUCAAUACCGGGUGAGGCACAGAGCACUUGAGCUAUUUCAGCCACAUGAAAAGCAUCGGAACUGAGAUCGCGGCUCAGAGGACACCGGGCGUCCCUUCCACUCACUGAGAAGCCUUGUAUUCUUGCACCUGGCUGCCUGGAACUUUCCUCAGGCAGGAAACAAGUACAUAAAGCAGGGAUAAGACCUUGUCGAUAUGUCGAAACAGCCAGUUUCCAAUGUCAGAGCCAUCCAGGCAAAUAUCAAUAUCCCAAUGGGAGCCUUUCGGCCAGGAGCUGGGCAACCCCCCAGAAGAAAAGAAUGUACUCUGGAAACGGAGGAGGGUGCUCCUCCCACUUUGGAUGAGGAGAAGAAGUCAAUUCCAGGAGCUAAGAAACUUCCAGGACCUGCGGUCAACCUAUCAGAGAUCCAGAAUAUUAAAAGUGAACUGAAGUAUGUCCCCAAAGCUGAACAGUAGUUGGAAGAAAAAAGGCUUGAUGUGAAGAAUUGAAGAGUAAGAGAAUGGAUUCAAAUGAAAAUAGCUCACUGAAAAGUUUUAUAUAUUUGUAUGAAGAUUACGUACCUCCCGAAUGCCUAAGACUCUAGCAGAAACGUCCUGGUUGUCCAUUUAUAUCUCUUCCUUCUAGCUGGCUGCACUACUUACUUUAUCUUCACGUUUGGCAGCUUGCAGAGCAAAUCAGCUCAAGAAUUCACCACUUGGGAGGGUGUGGUUUUGAGGAGGGAUAUGAUUCUAUGGAGAAGGAUAUGGCAAUAUGCAUAGCAAUGAUUUUGAUUGAAAGUUCUCUGAGCGACUUCCCACACUAUUUUGGUCAAUAUUUGGAAUGUAUUUUAGUUCUUCAUCUUCUAAAUUAUGUCAAUAAACUUUUUAUGAGUUCAAAUAAAUAUUUGAGUAAAUGUAAAA